CUGCCCAUGGAUUACUGGGCUUGGUCUUUCUUCGUGAUGGUUUGCACAGUGCACAUUACAAGCGGAAGUCUAAAUAUUCCUGAUUAUAAGCCUAUAACGUAUCAGUUGAAACGCGAACAGCAUCAUGCGCUGCUUACCAAGCUGCAAUCCCAUCCUUAUGAUAAAGCACUGAGAAUUGUGCAAGAGGUCUGCUCCACUCUACACAAUGUUCUUCAUACUGCGUACGGUGCACUCCAGUCUGUUGAUCUGGAUGAAGAGCCAAUGAAGGAUCACACCGCGACCGCAUUGGUGUCCGUAAUUGAAACCGUGCCUCUCCUGUUAGAACUAUCACUCCACUAUCCCGAUGUGGUUCACCACGUAUUACAAGGCAAGGACACUAUGGACGUUCUUCAGUGGGCUGUUAACAUCACAAUGCUGUCUGGAGUGAUUCCUGCUGCCGAAGAACAAUUAUUCCUUCGUGGACGUCAAGAACUAAACCUGAUCCCACGACCUGCUGAUUAUGUGAAUCCAGCCUCAGCCCAUCAGCGAUUGAUACGCGAAAAGGCGGAAGCAGAACGGCUUCGGAGAGAAACCAGGAGGGAUAGACGUAAGAUUCACCGCGGACCAAAACUGACUACCAGACGGGAUGAGCUUUGAGCAAUGGUGGUGUGGAUGGCAGCAUUUGUUCGUGUGCGCCUUCUUUCUGAACCUUUCGUCCUUUGGCUGUGCCUCACAUAUGUCCGAACAGCGUUGCAUUUUUGUUACAAUAAUUCCAUUUUGCACUUUAUGGAGUGAAUGCCUUCGUAAACUACCGUGAUUGUUUCAGAAUUGAAGUAUUUUGAUCCACUGCAAGCUUUUCCCUGUGCUACUGUUUAACAUGGGUGGCCGUCUAAUUGAU